AUGUCGUUGCCCAGAGCCAAGAUUCUCGUUGUCGUUACGGUCGGGGGCUCGACUAAUUCAGCUCCGAUCCUGGACAUAUGUUCCAUCUUGGCAGCUAGAGGUCAUACAAUUGACUUUGCGACAUUGAGCGGCAGAGAAAAGCUGGUUGACAAUUAUCCUUUUGUGCAAAAAGUCCACAUAGUUGGGCCGGCUAUCUCAGCUGAAGAAGAUGAAAAGCACUACAUCCUCUUCUCGCGUUGGAACUGGAACACUGUUCAAGGGAAAAGGGAUAUUGUCAAAGGCAAGAUUGCAUUUGAUGCGUUCUGGCCUUUUACAUAUCGCGGUCUGAAAGAGGUUGUCACUACCACCAAACCUGACUUGAUAUUCUCCGACUUCCACGUUGAAGCGGCUCUGGAUAUCUGCAAUGAGUUCCGUCUUCCACACGCUGUCAUGUGGCCCCAGAUGCCGUGGUUGAUGAUGCCUCAGAAGUACAUUCCGGGUCAGCCCGGUAUGCAGCAAAGAUGCUUGACCAGCGAGCACGCUAGCAUCUAUGACAGGUUGUUCGAGAUGACCUUUCUGCUUCGUUCGGGGCCAUUCUUUCUUCGCUGGGUCUUCUGGACCAGGGCCAUGCGUCGAAAAGAGGGAGUUGCGCCUCGACCAAAGCUUUCCAAGCCGGACUAUCUUGUGUUUCUGAACAACUUUUAUGGCAUGGAGACACCACGAGAUACUCCGCCUUUGGUCCAUCCUGUAGGCCCCAUCUUGGCCGACUCAUAUCCUGCUCUGGACGGAGACAUCAAGAAAUUUGUUGAGAUGCAUCAAAAGAUCGCUCUAGUUGCGUUUGGUACACAUGUUAUACUGGACGAGGAAAAGAUCUUCAGGAUCAUCAAUGGUCUUUCUGAUGCCAUUUCCUCAGGCGUGAUUGACGGUGUCGUCUGGGCACUCAGUGCUAGAAGUCGUGGUCGACUUGAUACUAGCAUUCGAGUCCCGUCUGCAUAUCUGUCUCACUUGACCGUUGAACAGCUGUUCAGUAAUCAAGAUGAAUCGUGGCACUUUGCUACUUGGGUACCGCAGCGCUCCGUCCUCGAACAUGCUUCCACAGCCAUAUUCGUCACGCACGCCGGACCUUCAUCUGUCAAUGAAUCUAUCUUUCACGGUGUCCCUAUGAUUGCAAUGGGGAUAUUCGGUGACCAGAUGGUCACCACAUUGAGAUUGGAAAGAUCUGGCGUCGCCGUCCGUCUUGACAAAGACACUUUUGAUGCAGCGUCUUUGACAGCAGCUAUCAGAGCCAUUCUCUUGCUUGACAGCGAGUCGUUCCAGAGAAACGUCACGCGUAUGCAGAGAAUUGCCAUAGUCGGAUCACGGAAGAAGCAUUUUGCUGCCAAUUUGAUUGAGGAGCAUCUAUAUGACUGGGAUGGCAGGUUUGAGCGAUCCCUGCUGGAUCUUAAGGAUUCUGAAGAUAGUGAAGGGGUUCCUUCGCAGACUUUAGAUCCAAGAGACGUGUAUCCACGAGGCAAAGAGCUGCGUCCAAUGCAUCUUCAGACACCCGAUGUGCGUAUGUCGUGGAUCAAGCUCAACAACAUCGACAUCGCGCUUUUGCUGGUUGUUCCGUUGGGUCUCGUUGCAUUGAUCACUGGGGUAGCUGUUAGUGCGUGA